AUGACACAGAAGAACCUGUGUCUAGUUUGGUCGAGCCCUAACCGAGUGCUGACGUGGCAAGUGGGCGAGCGAGGGUUCUUGGUCCGAGAGGGAGGAUGGAAGGAGAGAAGUGUGGGCGCUGGAUGUGAGUGCACGGGGGACCGCUACAACAUAGUCUCUUGGAUCAGCAUUAUUUCCAAGUGGGAAUUUUCUUCAAGCAUUGAUUCUAUGCCCCAAAAGGAUCUAAUCGUAUGGAUGCUUGCGGCAUAUACCCAGAGUGGGUAUCUGGAAGAAGCUAAUACGAUCCCUCAUGCGGAUCUAGUUUCAGCGAAACCUGGUGACGUGGAAUGCCAUGCUAGCUGUAUAUACCCAAAGAGGCAAUGGGAUAUCUACAAUGCUGACUGGAUAUUCCCAGAAUGGCUAGCAAAGGAUACUUUGGAGGCCAUGCCAUAUUACAAUCUCGUGACUCUUCUUGUGGCAUAUGCCCAUCUGGAAGAAACGACAACAUUCUCUUUGACAAGAUGGAGGAAAAGAGCCUCGUGUCAUGCAAUGGAUGCUCUCGAUAUAUUCCCAAGUUGGGCAUCUUACAGAGAGGUGGAGUGGGAUGCCGGAACGAGGCCCAGUUUCAUGGACAGCUCUCUUGCAAUGUAUUCUCCCAACGGAAAAAAUUCUAAGAACCUAGACUUAUUCAAAUCCAUGCAAGUUGACGGUGUUAAGCCCGACGAUGUAACUUUCACAAGUGUUCUAGCGGGAUCGAGCCAUGUUGGUGAUGUUCCUGUCAGAUGCUCGACUUUUCAAUCGCUCUGUCUGGAUUUCGAGAUGAUCCCGAGCAAGCAGCAGUAUGGAUGCAUGGUAGGAUUGUUCUGCCGAGCUGGGAGAAUCAGGGAUGCUCGAGAUCUCGUAUCGAGUGCUCCAUUUGUUCCAGACGAAGUAGACUGGAUAAGCUUGCUCGGGAAUCAGAAGAGUUUGCGAGAAAAAAAUGGUGUUCAAGUGGUGGUGCAAGCUCUGGCAUUGGAUUCAGACUCAACAGCGCCAUUUGUCUUGCUGCCACCACCUUUUAAAGCACUUUGA